GGACCCAUCUUGUUGCGUAGUCCCUCUCGUCGACAGCGAGUAGGGAUAAGGGGAGCUGCGUUGCCCCGGGUAACAGCUGCGGGUUUAUGGCUGUCUCUGAGGGUCAAACACGGGACGUUUCGAUCAUGUUGCUGAUUUGAUGAGAAGAGAUGGGUUGGUCUUAGCCACAAACUGGAAGCUGGAGCUGUAAACAGAAAGUUAUGCCUCUCUUUCUGAGGUGCUUCAACAUGUCAGCCAUGCAGAUACCCUGCAGAUUGGUUUCAAAUUAUGUCAGUCGGAUGCGCUACCUGCUUGAACUGAAGGAGGAUGAUGAAGCCUGCCGUAAAGCUCUGAGCUCUGGAGCCUUUCUUCUCUUUCACAGUUUCUCACCCCUUUUGCAAAAAAGUGACAGCAAAUACAUGGCACCAUUUGUGAUGGCCUCAGAACUGAAUGGCAUUCUCCACAAACUGGAUCAGAAGGAGAAAUAUAUGGAACAGUCAGUGCUGAUUGGCUGUACAGAGAGCCAUGUGCCACAAUUUGCCCUAGAUCUAGGUAAAAUUGAAAAAGCCAGAGCUGAAUCAGUUCUGAAGGGAACAUUUGUUGAUUUACGGAAAGCCUUCUUCCUCUUGGAUGGAAAGGAUGCGCCCUUACUGUCAAAGGCACAGGGUCUCCUCCGCUGGCACAGCACAAAUCUCUACUGCAGUAGAACUGGACAACGGACACACAAGAACGUGUCAGGCAGUAAACGUAUCUGUAGCUCAGAAGAAAUUAUCUACUAUCCACAGGUAUCUCCUGUGAUUAUUGUGCUGGUGUCUGAUGGAGCACACUGCCUGCUGGCACGUCAGGAGGCAUUUCCUCCUGGAAUGUACAGUGCCCUGGCUGGAUUUUGUGACAUUGGGGAGACUGUGGAGGACUCAGUGCAACGGGAGGUUGCAGAGGAAGUUGGUUUGGAAAUAUCUUCGCUUGAGUAUUCUGCAUCCCAGCACUGGCCUUUUCCUAACAGCUCACUGAUGAUUGCUUGCCAUGCAAUGGUACAACCAGGGCAGAACAAGAUUGACCUGCACCAUUCGGAGCUUGAGGAUGCCCGUUGGUUUGAUGCUAAGGAGCUAACAGAAGCUUUAAAACGUAAGCGGGUACCCACCAAGAAAGAAAUGGGAGAUGUUCCAUUCUGGAUCCCACCACCAUGGGCUGUAGCACAUCAACUAAUCAAGGAAUGGACCGAAAGUCAGCAGCCGUCCUGAGUUUGUCGGCUUGUUCGAUGCAUGGAUACUGUUUCUUUGUCAUGUGAUUUAUAUGCUCUGACAGUCAGGUAUUAAUGAAGCAGCUGUAAAGCCCAAAAAAUGUUCAUUGUAUCAGACUUUUUUCUAUACCAAUUUAUAAAAAGGAAUAGCUGUCUCCUAUAUAUAACAGGAGACAGAUUAUCACAGUGAUUACUGCAUAAAGGCAUUAUUGAUGUGGAUCCUAUUUAGAUAAUCGGCAUCAUCAGAGCAUCAUUUAAAUUCACUUAUUUCAAACGACAUGUCCUGAAAUCUUAGUAUUGAAAAGUUUUUAAGCCAGGCAUUUUCUCAGAAAGUAAUCUGAAUAAGUAUCUGUUGUUUCCGCCUCAAAUCAGACUGCAGAAUAUGGGAGAGAUAGUAGGAACUGCAGAUGCUGGAGAAUCUGAGAUAACAAAGUGUGAAACUGGAUGAACACAGCAGGUCAAACAGCAUCAG